AUUCGAUUCUAAGUCGAUAAGGAAGUUAGCACUUCAAAAUGAAAUUCUUUAUCGUUUUGUGCGCCUUAGUUGCUGCCGCAACUGCUGAUGUCAGCCACUUGACCAACAAGUACUUGCCUCCCACUCACCAACAUGCUGCUUCAGCUCCCGCUGUUAGCUAUAGCGCUCCUGCUCCUUCCUAUCAUGUUGAAGCUGCUUCCGCUCCAGCUGUUUCAUACUCGGCUCCUGCUACUCAAUCUUACCAUGUUGAAGCUGCUUCUGCACCAGCUGUCUCCUACUCAGCUCCUGCUACUCAAUCUUACCAUGUUGAAGCUGCUUCUGCACCAGCUGUCUCUUACUCAGCUCCUGCUACUCAAUCUUACCAUGUUGAAGCUGCUUCUGCCCCAGCUGUCUCUUACUCAGCUCCCGCUGCUUCCUACGAGACUGCUUCUUAUGAAACUGCUGCUGCUGAGCCAGCUCACACUUUCUCAUCCGCUGAAGGUUACCGUUACAAGACCAACAAACGUCGCGUCAUCCGUCGUCGUCGUGAAGUAUCCACUGAAUACUUGCCUCCAGUAGCCGCUUCCGCUCCAGUUGCUCAAUUUGAAUCAUACGAAGCUCCUGCUGCCUCUUACGAAACUGCCUCUUAUGAUGUUGCUGCUUCAGAACCAGCUCACUCUUUCUCCUCUGCUGAUGGCUACCGUUACAGAACCUCCAAACGUCGUGUCAUCCGUCGUCGUCGUCGUGAUGUGUCUUCUGAAUACUUGCCUCCAGUAGCCGCUUCUGCUCCAGUUGCUCAAUAUGAAUCAUACGAAGCCCCUGCUGCCUCUUACGAAACUGCCUCUUAUGAUGUUGCUGCUUCAGAACCAGCUCACUCUUUCUCCUCUGAUGAAGGUUACCGUUACAGAACCGCCAAACGUCGCGUCAUCCGUCGUCGUCGUCGUGAUGUCAGCCAUUUGUCCAGCGAAUACUUGCCCCCUCAUCAAGGUGCCGGUUCUUCUGUCUCUUCUGAAUACUUGCCUCCUGUAGCUGCUUCCAGCCAAGAUGUCUCAUACUCCGCCCCUGCUGCUUCUUACGAAACUGCCUCUUAUGAUGUUGCUGCUUCAGAGCCAGCUCACUCCUUCUCCUCUGCUGAAGGUUACCGUUACAAGACCAACAAACGUCGCGUCAUCCGUCGUCGUCGUGAUGUCAGCCACUUGUCCAGCGAAUACUUGCCUCCAGUAGCCGCUUCCGCUCCAGUUGCUCAAUAUGAAUCAUACGAAGCCCCUGCUGCCUCUUACGAAACUGCCUCUUAUGAUGUUGCUGCUUCAGAACCAGCUCACUCCUUCUCCUCUGCUGAAGGUUACCGUUACAAGACCUCCAAACGUCGUGUCAUCCGUCGUCGUCGUGAUGUCAGCCACUUGUCCAGCGAAUACUUGCCUCCUGUAGCCGCUUCCGCUCCAGUUGCUCAAUACGAGUCAUACGAAGCUCCUGCUGCCUCUUAUGAAACUGCCUCUUAUGAUGUAGCUGCCUCCGAACCAGCUCACUCCUUCUCCUCUGAUGAAGGUUACCGUUACAGAACCGCCAAGCGUCGCGUCAUCCGUCGUCGUCGUGAUGUCAGCCACUUGUCCAGCGAAUACUUGCCUCCUCACCAAGGAGCCUCUUCUUCCAUCUCCUCUGAAUACUUGCCUCCUGUAGCCGCUUCCACUCCCGUUGCUCACUUCGAAUCAGCUCCCUCUUACUCCGUUGCUGCUUCUGCUCCCGCAGUCUCCUACUCUACCCCAGCUGCCUCAUACGAAACAGCUUCUUAUGAAACAUCUGCUUCCGCACCAGCUCACUCCUUCUCCUCGGCUGAAGGCUACCGUUACAAGACCGCUAAGCGUCGUGUCAUCCGUCGUCGUUUCUAAAUCACACGCACCUAAACUCAUGACAUUCAUAUUUAGAUUCUAAGAAUCUAAAAUGCUAUAAAUAUUGUAUAGUGAAAUUGUUUGACAAUUUUGUUUAUAUUAUAAUAAAUGUCGAAAUAAAAUCGAAUAAAAGUAA